GUCGCCCUCACUAGGCAGUACAUUUGGCGGUCGUGUGGGGUCAAACUAAGUCGUCCGCAAAUUCUGCCCUUUUUCUCAUGUCUUAAGGAGAGUAACCACCCCAGGUGGACAGUACAGGCUUCUUAAGACGACCAUGGCUGUGCAGGGUGGACUGUUGUUCCGUGCCGGCGGGGGUUUGGCCAGAAUGUGCCGCUUCAAGGCAACGCUUCCUUCCAACAUGGCGGCUGCUCCUGCGCUGAAGUUCCACACAUCGACGGUAGACAGCUACCAGAGGGAGAAGCGGUACAGCUGGUUCAACUACGUCCUUGGAGACUGGUUCAGCAGGAAGGAGAACGAGCGAAGCAAGAUCUUCGUGAUCGAUGGAAACCUCGCCGUGGGGAAGACCACGCUGGGGAAAGAACUUGCCGACAAGCUGGGUAUGAAGUACUUCCCCGAGGUGGAUGUCCACUACUUCGACAGGUUUGAGGGAGACGGUUCACCCAUGGACAAGAAGUUCUCAGGCAACGUAAGUCUGGAGGAUUUCUACAAAGACCCGAGCGACCCUGACGGACACUCCAUCCGCUUCCAGAUGGUCAUGUUCGUGCUGCGCUACUUCCAGUUCUGUGAGGCCAUGAACCACCUCAUCUCAACAGGACAAGGUGUGAUCCUGGAUAGAUCUGUCCACAGUGACUUUGUGUUCCUAGAAGCCAUGUACAAGGAGAGGUACAUCAAGAAACAUUGCUAUGACUACUACUACAUGGUGAAGGAAGAGGUGAUUAACAGGAUCCUCCCCCCACACCUGGUUAUCUACCUGGAUGUCCCACCUGAGGAGGUCCAGAAGAAGAUCGAGAAGAGGGGCAUCGACAUGGAACAGGACAUCCCCUUGUCUUACUUGGAGACCCUCGAUGAUGCCUACAAGAAUGAUUUCUUGAAGAACUACAGUAAGUGGAGUGAGGUGCUGACCUACGACUGGACAAACUACGGAGACACAGAACUGAUCCUGGAGGACAUCAAUGCCCUGACGUAUGAGAACAGCCCCUGGAACAAGGAGGAAGACAAGUCACUUCACCAUCGACGGAGAGUUCUGCAUGACCCCUACAGGGUGGCGACGUGGUUCAACAUCCCAGAGUACAUCCCAGAGGUCACUGUGACGGCAGUCGACCUCAUCAAGCUACGGGAGGAGCACAAGGAGCUCCCAGGAAGACGAUUUGCCCCUGGUUUCAACCCUGACAUAGGCGAUAAGGUCUGGUUUAAGUGGUGACCAACCUCUCCAGAAACAUCUGAAGUCUUACAUUAUAAACACACCCUUCCUUAUACAGUUAUGUUCAGCCUAGAGUUGGUUUCGUUACGUUUCUGUGAAGGAAUGCCAUGUCUGUGGAAUAAAGAAGCCCUAUCUUUUAACGCCUCACACAACAUGAGUUUGUAAGACAGAUACUAACUGGUUUGAGACUUUGAGUUGGUAAAGAUGAUAUAAUUCAACCAGGCAAGCCGGAUAUACUUAUUGUACACAUUACACCAACUAUAGUAUGCAAAAACCUUUUUGUCAGGUAUAAUGUACUUGGUCUAUCUGCACACUGAACACUUAAGGUAUAAACAGAUCUAUAAACUGAAA